AUGGAUGACCUCGUCAACCAGAUAUGUCACAUGUUCAUUAACCCCGCUAAACAACUUGGCAUGAUGAAAGACGUUAAAAUCAGAAUCAAUAAUAAAUCUAAUUAUAAACGAAGAAGUAAUCCAUGGUUUAAUAAAGACUGCGACAAAUUAAGAUCUGAAUAUAUAAAAGCAAAAAAAGUGUUUAAAGAAACAAAAUCUGAUAAUGACAGGAAUGUGUGUCACUCAAUUAGUAAAAGGUACAAAAAAUUGCUUGCAAAAUGUAAACGGGAAUUCAGACGUAAAACGUAUGUGAAACUUCGUACGAUGAAGAAAUCAAAACCAGAAAAAUUUUGGUCUGUUUUAAACAAUUCAAUUUCGACUAAUGAUAAGAAUAAUAUAAUUGAUAUGGAUAGAUUCAAACAGCAUUUUGAAAAUCUGGGACAGUCCACCAAUAAGGAAAACGUCCAUAAUUUUGAUCCCAGACUGAUCACCCAUUCAAAUAACGAGGAAAUUAAUACUAGCAUUGCAGUAGAGGAGGUUAUGACUCAAAUUAAAAAGUUAAAUAAUAAUAAAGCAGCAGGUGUAGAUUUAAUUAUAAACGAAUUUCUGAAAAACAGUCGCGAUGAUAUUACAUCCUUGAUUGUACAAUUGUUUAAUAUAGUUUUAAACACUGGUAUCGUUCCUACAUCUUGGACAAUGGGCUGUAUUAAACCAAUUUUCAAGAACACAGGUGACCCCAGUGACCCUAGCAACUACAGAGGCAUUACGCUACUAAGUUGUCUAGGCAAAUUAUUUACAGCUGUUAUAAAUGACAGGUUGACAUCUUAUUUGAAUUGUGUGGGUUCCUUGGGUGAAGAGCAAGCAGGUUUCAGGGCGGGAUAUUCCACGCUAGAUCAUAUAUUUGUCCUACACUCGGUUAUUGAUUUAUAUUUGCAUAAUAAGAAAAGGGUAUACUGCGCUUUUAUUGAUUAUAAAAAAGCGUUUGAUCUGAUUGACAGGACAAGUUUAUGGUUUAAACUAAUCUCCAACCAUAUAAAUGGUCAAAUUAUUACAGUUAUUUAUAAUAUGUACAACCAAGCAAAGUCUUGUGUUAUUGACGGAAGCGAUAAAUCUGAUUUCUUUAAUUGUAAUGUUGGUGUUAGACAAGGUGAAAAUCUUUCACCACUGUUGUUUGCUAUUUAUCUUAACGAUUUCGAGUAUUUUAUCAGUAAGCACUAUAAUGGUCUAAAAUAUAUGGCUAGCGAGAUUAAAACAUAUUUAAGUAAUGAGGAUAUAGAAGUAUUUCUUAAGUUAUUCACUUUAUUAUAUGCUGAUGAUACCAUUGUACUGUCUGAAUCAGAAACAGAAUUGCAAUCUGCCAUAAAUGCUGUUUAUACUUAUUGCAACGAAUGGCAUUUAACUGUAAAUGCUAAUAAAACGAAGGUUGUUAUUUUCUCACGUGGGAGAGUUAAAAAGUAUCCUGCGUUUAAGUUUGGCAAUGAAACCAUUGAAGUAACAUUUUAUUAUAUUUAUCUUGGCAUAACAUUCAAUUAUAAUAACAAAUUCAGGAAAGCAAUAUGUAAACAGACAAACCAGGCCAGAUGUGCCAUGUUUAGCUUACUGAUGAAGGCAAAAAAAUUAUGUCUACCCAUCGACAUACAACUAGAGUUAUUUCGUCACUUAGUCGUUCCGGUGUUAUUGUAUGGAUGUGAAAUAUGGGGUCAUGCUGAUCUUUCUCAGAUAGAAUCUUUUUAUCUGAAGUUUUGUAAACGGCUUCUCAAAGUACACAAAAAUACUGCAAAUUUUAUGGUAUACGGUGAACUUGGG